AUGACAUCGUGUUUGAGGAAGAGGGAUGAAGAAAGAAUGACGAAGAUUGUUGAAGAAAUGGUAAACAAUCUAAAGAAAGCUGCUGAAGAGGUUAAAGAUGAAGCUGUGGAAGUUGAGGUCGUAAAGAAAGUCGAAGUUGUUAAAGAGGAAGAUUUGAAGGUUGCUGAGAAAGAAAAGAUUAAAGAAAAAAAUGAGGUGAAUGUAGAAGUUGAGAAAGCUGUUACUGAAGAACAACAAGUUGUAGAAGAUGAGAAGAAAAUUGAAAGUUUGGUUGAAGAAAAGAAUGAGAUUUUGGAGAUUGCUAGUGAUGCUGGUGAUAAGGGGCUCAACAAAACCAAAGAUUGUGAGAAUGGAAGUUGGAGCAGCCUGGCACAACGAGAGGAGGAGAAGGUUGUUGGACCCUAUGUUGGGUGA